UUUUAGUUCAUUUGCAAUUUCUUUUUAACUAUGGGACUUCCAUAUUACCGGGACCUCAACUAAAACUUUUAUCCAGUACUACUUAUGGUGGUGAUGAUGUAUAUAAAUAAGGUUAAAUCCUCUUUAUUGAAAUUCUGUUAAUAGUUAUUGUUAGCUCAUUGAUUAUAAUUCAUUUCAUAAUCAUAGAUAUAUAUUCUAAAUAAAUUUACAAUGACUCCUCCAACUGCUGUCGAAUCAUCUAUUAACUUUACUGGUCAUCCAACCAUUAAAUCUACUCAAGAUCCUUUAGUUCAACAAUUAUCUUUAGGUUCUGAAACUAUAAUUCGUCAUAAUGCUCCACCUCCAACUUUAUAUGAAGAUGGUUUAUUAGAAAAGGGUACAACUAUUUCAUCUACUGGUGCUUUAAUGGCUUUCUCUGGUAAAAAGACUGGUAGAUCUCCAAAAGAUAAAAGAAUUGUUGAUGAAGAAACUUCAACUCAAAAUAUCUGGUGGGGACCAGUUAAUAAACAAGUUGAUGAAUUAACUUGGAAAAUUUCUAGAUCAAGAGCUUUAGAUUACUUGAGAACUAGAGAAAAAUUAUUUGUUGUUGAUGCUUAUGCUGGUUGGGAUCCAAGAUACAGAAUAAAAGUUAGAAUUAUUUGUGCUAGAGCUUACCAUGCUUUAUUUAUGACUAAUAUGUUAAUUAGACCAACUGCUGAAGAAUUGGCUAAUUUUGGUGAACCAGAUUUCACUAUUUAUAAUGCUGGUCAAUUCCCAGCUAAUGUUCACACUAAAGGUAUGACUUCAUCUACUUCUGUUGAAAUUAACUUUAAAGCUAUGGAAAUGGUUAUUUUAGGUACUGAAUAUGCUGGUGAAAUGAAGAAGGGUAUUUUCACUGUUAUGUUUUACUUAAUGCCAAUUAAACAUCAAGUUUUAACUUUACAUUCAUCUUGUAAUCAAGGUAAUGAAACUGGUGAUGUUACUUUAUUCUUUGGUUUAUCCGGUACUGGUAAAACCACUUUAUCUGCUGAUCCAAAGAGAUCUUUAAUUGGUGAUGAUGAACAUUGUUGGUCUGAUCAUGGUGUUUUCAAUAUUGAAGGUGGUUGUUAUGCUAAAUGUUUAGAUUUAUCAGCUGAAAAGGAACCAGAAAUUUUCAACUCUAUUAAAUUCGGUGCUAUUUUAGAAAAUGUUGUUUACGAUAAAGAAACUAAAGUUGUUGAUUAUAAUGAUUCUGCUAUUACUGAAAAUACCAGAUGUGCAUACCCAAUUGAAUUCAUUCCAUCUGCUAAAAUUCCAUGUUUAGCUGAAACUCACCCAACUAAUAUUAUCUUAUUAACUUGUGAUGCUUCAGGUGUAUUACCACCAGUUUCUAAAUUAACUAAUGCUCAAGUUAUGUAUCAUUUUAUUUCUGGUUACACUUCUAAGAUGGCUGGUACUGAAGAAGGUGUUACUGAACCAGAAGCUACUUUCUCUGCUUGUUUCGGUCAACCGUUCUUGGUUUUACAUCCAAUGAAAUAUGCUCAACAAUUAUCUGAUAAGAUUACCAAAUUUAAAUCUGAUGCUUGGUUAUUAAACACUGGUUGGGUUGGUAACUCUGUAGCUAGAGGUGGUAAGAGAUGUUCAUUAAAAUACACUAGAGCUAUCUUGGAUGCUAUUCAUUCUGGUGAAUUAAGUAAGGUUGAAUAUGAAACUGUUCCAACCUUCAACUUGAAUGUUCCAAAGUCUUGUCCAAAUGUUCCAAGUGAAUUAUUAAACCCAACUAAGGCUUGGACUGGUGGUGUUGAAGCUUUCAAUACUGAAAUUAAGAGCUUAGCUGGUAAAUUUGCCCAAAACUUCGAAAGAUAUGCUGAUCAAGCUACUGCUGAAGUUAAGGCUGCUGGACCAGUUGUAUAAAACAUUUAAUUUAUUAUUUAAAUAUUUAACUAUUUAACUAUUAAUCAGAUUGAGUUUAUAUAGCUUAUUCAUUUAUUUAUUAUUAAUUAUAUAUACAUAUAUUUAUUUACCUUAGUACAUACUUUAUUCAUAUUGAUAAUGU